GAGGCAAACAGGAAGAACUGUGGACUAUGUGGUUUCACUUUUACCCCAUGUUAACCGAUAGCACAUUACAUGUAAAGUUACUGAAGGCUAGCAGCCAGUCAUGGACUAUAUAGAGCCAAUUCUGUCCAUUGCUUCGCAGAUCUACACACUGGUUGGAAAUGUUAAGGCCAAUAAAAAACGCUGCUAUCGUGUUGUAGAGCGUGUAAAAGUCUUGGAGAGCCUGGUGAAUUCAAUCAAACUGAGGGAUACAUUGGAGCAUUCUGCUGAGGUGGAGAACGCCCUGAAAGGACUCUCGAUCACUCUGAAAUCAGCUCAUGGGCUUAUUGAGAAAUACACCUUGGCAAACUUGGUGAAGCGCAUCCUGAAGUCAAACAGCCAUGGCGAUGAAUUUAACAGUGUCAAUGAACGGUUCAAUGACGCCUUUGAAAGCCUAGCUUUAGCUCUGGAGUUAGAGAAUGUAAAUCAAGUGUUCAAGGUGUUUGAGCAGAUCUCCAGACUCAAAGAAGAUGAAGAGGACAGGAGGGAAGAUGAUGCAGAGUUAAAGAGAAUGCUCUUGGAAUACGGGGAAUACGUGGAGACCGUGCAAAGAGAACUUGAAGAUAUCAAAUCCAGUGUAGGAAAAAUCGUGGAGAUGUUGAAUAAGCCCAGAAUCAUAACCAUUGACAUCCGAAUGAUUAAACCAGAGGAACUGAUGAAUAUUGAAAAAAAGCCCAUCAUGACAACACCGACUUCAGAGGUUUACAAGGGAGAAUUUGGUGGCUUCACAGUGGCCAUCAAGAAGUACAAAGGAGCUUCAAACACCAAACCAGGGGAGGUAAAGUCUGUCUUCAAGAAAGAAGUUGACACCAUGAAACGGUUUGAGUCCCCCAACAUCCUGCGAAUGUUUGGCAUCUGCAUCCGAGAAGAGAACACUUCAUAUCCUGAGUUCCUCGUCAUCAUGGAGUAUUGUGAAAAAGGAAGUCUCCGAGAUGUUUUGAACUCCAAACAUGAACUGUUAUGGACCAGGAAAGCUUCCAUGUGUCUGGACGCAGCACAGGGACUUUACCGCCUUCAUCUGACUGAAGAUAUAAUUAAGCUUCACAUGAGCAUCACCAGCAGUAAGUUCCUCGUGGAUGAGAACUACAGAGUAAAGCUGGGAGGUUUUGAACUAGCCAAAACUGAGACGUCACUGAAAAAGACAACAAAGGAAAAAGAGAAGGACAUCAAUUCACUGUGCUACUCCUCUCCCCAGCAGUUGGGUAACAUCAACCACCCCUACAGCAAAGAGUGUGAGAUCUACAGCCUAGGAAUCGUGCUGUGGGAAAUCGUGACUCGUAAAAACCCCUUUGAAGACUGUGGCGGGGAUGAAAAAAUUAUUUAUAAAAAAGUGUGUAAGGAGAGAUAUCAAGAGCCAUUCCCUGCUGAUUGUCCCGAGUCCCUUGGAGAGCUGGUCAAAGCCUGCAGGGGUUAUGAAAGCUCCCAAAGGCCAUCUGCUGGAGUGCUGGUGGAUAAACUGCGAAGCGUGGUGGUACAGUUAGAGAAACAAUGAAAGCCCUCAACUGGCCCACUGGUUGCAUAUUUUGUAUUUAUCAUUCAUGUUGUUGAUCAAAAUGAUUUUCUUUUUUUAUUUUGAUUGUAUUCUUUACUUCACUUUCUAAAUAGUUUGUAGUAGUUUUGUUUAUUUUUCUUGUAAUUCUCAGCAGAUUGUUUCUUCCUUUCAUGCCUGGAUUUUCUGCAAGUACUCUGUUGUUCUUCAACAGUCCCAGCACAAGCAUUUAAAGAUAACUGCUCACUUUAAAUGGCCCUUGGGUCCUGUGGUGUGUUGGUGCAGGUGCCCUGAUUUUAGAAGAGUGGCACACAGAAACUGUAAUUUAAUCGCAUUAAUUAUGUCCACUGUGAUAUACAGCGCUUAGCAAACAUUACCAGAGAUGUAAUAGUAGGCGUAACUGACCAAUUAUCCUCCAGUUCUCUUAUGUCUUGGCAAAACAGAAUGGCCUUAGACAUGUUGUUAACUGAAAAGGGAGGUGUUUGUGCCAUGUUUGGUUCUUUAUGCUCUACCUUUAUUCCAAAUAAUACAGCUCCUGAUGGUUCAGUAGCCAGGGCCUUAGAUGAAUUGCGCACCCUGGCUCAUCACAUGACAGAACACUCUGGUGUAGAUUCUUUACCUGAUUGGUUUGCUGAUGCUUUUGGUAAAUGGAGCGAUUUUAUUGUUACAGGUAUGACUUCCUUUGCCAUCUUCACAGGUAUUCUCAUUUGCUGUGGAUGUUGUGCCAUUCCGUCUGCACACUCUAAUUAAUAGAUUGAUCACUACAGCUCUGUCAAAGGAGGACUCCUCUAGGUCAUAGCAGAUGCCUCUCCUCACAGGUGUAGAGGAAUCCAUGGAUUGCUCUGAUGAGUCUGAGAGCGACUCUCAUGAUUAUGACGCUUUCUAAUAAAUUUACCAAUAUUCAGUUUACAUCUAUUCAAAUAAUCCUCCUAAUUCUGAUGAUGUAAAUGUGUACCAAACACACACAGGGUAGAUGAUAAAUCAUGAUUUCAUUUUGCUAGUAUAUUGGUGUACUAAUAUAUUCUACAUAUUUUCUUCAUUAAAUUUUUUGUAUUACAGAAUAUACAUAUUUACAAUGUACAAUAUACACAUAUAUAAUAAAAAGGUGCAUUUGCAACAUC